AUGUCUUCUCUUCUACGAAAGAUUGUCCAUAAUGAGGCAAUGAAAUCCGACCCUCAAGAAAUCUACGGAUGGAGGGUCUAUCUUCUAGCCUGUUCGGCCUGUUGCGGCGGGAUGCUUUUCGGCAUGGACAGCGGUAUUAUUGGUGGUGUUCUCACGAUGGAUCCUUUUCAACAAAAAUAUGGACUGGCAGACAAACCGGACACUGUCACAGCAAAUCUUUCGGCGAAUAUUGUGUCUACUUUGCAGGCAGGCUGUUUUGCCGGGGCGCUGCUUGCGUCUCCUCUAGCUGAUAGGAUGGGAAGAAAACCGGCACUUCUCAUCUCGGCCUUGGUUUCCAUCGUAGGCACGGUUUUGCAGGCCGCCGCAUCUGGUCAGUUGGCGGUCAUGUACGUUGGAAGAUUCAUUACAGGUCUUGGUGUCGGCGGUGCUUCCAUGGUCAAUCCUCUUUAUGUCUCUGAAAACGCCCCAAGGGCGAUACGCGGAGGCCUGACGGGGCUUUAUCAACUCUUCAUCGUUUUCGGAAUCAUGAUCGCAUUCUGGAUAAACUACGGCUGUCUACUUCACAUACACGGAACGGCCAUGUAUUCCAUACCUUUGGCAACACAGGCGAUACCAGCAGUUCUUCUAUUUGUUGGUAUGAGCCUCUGCAAUGAGUCUCCACGGUGGCUCGCCAAACAGGACAAAUGGGAACAGGCCAAAGCCACGCUUUCAAAAGUUCGCGCCCUCCCCGCAUCACAUCCCUACGUCGUCGACGAAUUCAAUGAUAUUGUUACCCAGCUUGAAAAUGAACGCCAGCUCAUUGGAGGAUCCGGAUUCUGGGAUUUGAUGCGUGAAAUGUGGCUGAUCGCUCCCAAUCGCAAACGUGCAGUCUAUACUAUAAUCCUCAUGGUCUGCCAGCAAAUGACUGGCACCAAUGCCAUUAACUAUUACGCUCCUCAGAUAUUUCAGAAUCUCGGAGUUACAGGGAACGCUACCAAUCUGUUCGCCACCGGCGUCUACGGCAUUGUCAAGACGGUAGCUUGCGCCGUGUUCCUUAUUUUCGUCGCCGACUCUCUCGGUAGACGUCGUUCCCUUUUGUGGACUUCUGUAGGUCAGGGGCUUGCCAUGUUGUACAUUGGCCUCUAUGUCCGGAUCUCUCCUCCAGUCACUGGAGAGCCUGUUCCUCCGGCAGGCUACGUCGCACUCGUGUGUAUAUUUUUGUUUGCUGCCUUUUUCCAAUUUGGCUGGGGCCCCGUGUGUUGGAUCUAUGUGUCGGAAAUCCCAACUGCAAGACUGCGGUCAUUGAAUGUCGCCUUUGGAGCCGCAACACAGUGGCUAUUCAACUUUGUCGUGGCAAGAGCUGUGCCGUCUAUGCUUGUCACUAUGGGAUCAAACGGUUACGGAACAUACAUUUUCUUUGCCUGCUUUUGUUUUGCAAUGGGAGUAUUUGUUUGGGUCUUCAUACCGGAAACUAAGGGGGUCUCACUUGAAAAAAUGGACGAGUUAUUCGGUGUUGUCCAGGUUGUUGACUCAAAGCGCAACGAUCCCGAGCAUGGCUCUGUCCAGGUAGAGGACGUAGGAAAGAGGGUUACAUCUGCAGAGGUUGAAAAUGUCUAG